AUGGCUAGCAGUAACGAGGGUAGUGGUGCGUGGGUUGGUGCCAAAGGCGCCGGAUCGCUGGAUCUACGCAGUGACGUGAUGACUGUGCCGACGCCGGCGAUGCUGGCAGCCGUGGCCAACUGCUCGCUGCGCGACGACGUCUUCAACGAGGACCCGACGACGCGGGACCUCGAGGCGCACGUCGCGCAGCUCGCGGGCAAGGAGGCCGCGCUGUUUGUCACGUCGGGCACCAUGGGCAACCAGGUCGCUCUGCGCAGUCUCCUGACGCAGCCGCCGUUUGGCGUGCUGGCCGACCACCGCUCUCACAUUAUUCUCUACGAAGCCGGCGGCGUCUCGUCACUCACCGGCGCCACCGUCAAGCCCGUCGUGCCCAAGAACGGCAUCCACCUCACCCUCGAGGACAUUACCGCCAACGUCAUCCUCGGGUCCGACGUGCACGCGUGCCCGACACGCGUCAUCAGCCUCGAGAACACGCUCAACGGCAUGGUCAUGCCCCUGGCCGAAGUAGCGCGCAUCUCGGCCUUUGCGCGGUCGCACAGCAUCCGGAUGCACUGCGACGGCGCGCGCCUGUGGGAGGCCGUGGCCGCCGGUGCCGGCACUCUGGCCGAUUUCUGCGGGCACUUUGACACGGUGAGCCUGUGCUUCUCCAAGGGCCUGGGCGCGCCGGUCGGCAGCAUCCUGGUCGGGGACGGGCCGGCGCUCACGCACGCGCGGUGGACGCGCAAGGCGCUCGGGGGCGGGAUGCGGCAGCCGGGCUUCAUCGCGGCGGCGGCGCGCGUGGCCGUCGACGAGACGUUUACGGGGGGGCUGCUGCGGGCGUCGCACGACACGGCGAGAAAGGUCGAGGCUGCGUGGACGGGCCUGGGCGGCAAGCUCGUGCACCCGGUGCACACAAACAUGUGCUGGAUCGACAUUGAGGCGCACGGGUGGGAGACGGCGCGGUUCGCGGAGGCGUGCAAGGAGCAAGGGCUGGUGGUGUCGGGCGGCAGGCUGGUGACGCACUACCAGGUUGCGCAGAACGAGGCGGCGGUGCUGCCGCGGCUGGAGAGGGUGUUUAGGCAGAUUCUGGAAGCACAAUAG